AUGGUUUCAAAGAAAAAAAAGAAGUAUUCAACUGGAGAAGGAGCACAGUUUAUGACGAGGAAAGCUGCUUUAAAAAAACUACAACUUUCCCUAAAAGAUUUUAGACGAAUUUGUAUAUUAAAGGGUAUUUAUCCCAGAGAGCCACGUAAUCGUAAGAGAGCUCAAAAAGGUGCUGGUGGUAUUAAAACUUUGUAUCACACAAAAGACAUAAAAUUUUUGCUACAUGAACCGAUAAUAUGGAAGUUACGAGAUUUGAAGGUCUAUCAACAAAAAAUUCGCCGAGCUAGAGCUACAAGAGAAUUUGGGCGGAUGAGAAAAUAUUUAAGGGACUACCCAUCCAUCAACAUAGAUCACAUUGUUAAGGAAAGAUAUCCGACAUUUGUUGAUGCACUACGGGAUCUUGAUGAUUGCCUCACUUUAUGCUUUCUCUUCAGUACCUUCCCUUCCUUAAAAAAAGUUCCCCGAAAUCAGUCUUUACUCUGUAGGAGACUCACGGUAGAAUUCAUGCAUGCGGUAAUAGCUGCUAAAGCCUUACGCAAAGUUUUUGUCUCAAUAAAAGGAUACUACUAUCAAGCUGAAUUUGAAGGACAAACUAUAACAUGGAUUGUUCCACAUCACUUUUCUUUUCAGCCACAUAGCAAAGAUGAAGUUGAUUUCAAGAUUAUGUCAACAUUUGUAGAAUUCUACACAAUGAUGCUUGGUUUUGUAAACUACAAACUUUUUCACUCUCUAAAUUUGGUUUAUCCACCCCAAUUAAGCCCAGGAUUCUCAGCAGAUACUGAAAAAGACCUUGUAGAUGAACAUGCAUAUGUUGCCGAAAGAAUUGCUGCUCUUAAUAUUUCUUUAGCAAAAGUUGUGGGUUCGAAUGAUGCUGAAGAAUUACCUGAGAUUGAUAUUUUUGAAAUUGAAGAUGGCGAUCCCCUUAAAUUAGAAGAGGCGAAACAAGAAGCAGAAAAAGUAAAAAAAUUGAAGACUAUGUUCAAAGGUUUAAAAUUCUUUAUAAACAGAGAGGUUCCAAGAGAGCCAUUGGUUUUUAUUAUAAGAUGUUUUGGUGGUGAGGUCUCUUGGGACAGGAACCACUUUGUAGGAGCCACAUUUGAUGAGAGUGACGAAUCUAUAGCUUACCAGAUUGUAGAUAGACCAAGUAUGGAUAAACAAUAUCUUUCAAGAUACUAUGUGCAGCCUCAAUGGGUUUUUGACAGUGUAAAUACACGAACACUGCUUCCAAUUAAUAAAUACUUAAUGGGAGCCGUUUUGCCCCCUCACCUAUCACCAUUUGUGGACAAGAUUAAAGACCAAGUGUACAUGCCACCAGAAGAAAGAGCAUUGAAGGAUCCUGACUUUAAACCACUAGAUAAUGAUGACCCAUCUGGAAGUGAAAUUGAAGAAGCCAGUGAUGAAGAUGUGGAAGAGAAAAGUGAGAAUGAUUCUGAAGAAGAUGGUGAAACAGCACUAGCUCGACAAUACCAACAAGAGAAAGCAGAAGAUUCACCCUCAGAAGAUGAAGAAGAUGAUGAAAACAGCUUAGAUCCUGAAAAAAAGAAACUUGCUAGAGAGAAGAAAAAGGCCAUGGCAGUUACAAGUGGUGUUCCACAUAAAGAACAUCCAUAUAAAAAAGAAAUAGAAGACAAACAAGCAUUUAGACUAAGAGAAAAACUAGUACGCAAAAAGCAUAGAAAUCUUUACAAGAGUAUGAAGGCAGGUCAAGAGAAGAGGAAAAAGGAAAUAUGGCUGUUGAGAAAGAAGAGACGUCUUCAUGACGAAAAAGUGAAAGAAGAAAAGAAAGCAGAGAAGCGUAAACAGAAGAAACAAGCACUUGAAACUGCUUUAAAU